GGACCCGUUUAUUGAUUAGUGAUUUUAUUUUGAUGAGUAGAGCAGGUUUAGAGCUGGAGCUGUAACACCCUCAGUAGGCUGUGCAGAGAGAGACAUCUGUUGCAGGGGGAGUUUGAGCCACCACUAGGGUCUGCUACAGAGAUUUCCUCCGGCUCUCUGGUUAUAAUAACAAGAAGAAUAACCCUGAUAAUAAUGAUGAGAGUGUGUGUGCUGGGAAGACUCUCGGGCUGUGUGUAAGCACCAGCCGUGGCUUUUAUAAAAAUAAAAAAGAAAGGAAAAACGACAUGUACAGGGAAGCGCUGGUUAUAUAGGAUGUGGCGACAGUGUUCCUUUCUAGGAGAGUGAGUAAGACAGAGAUCUCAGUGUAUGGGAGGGAGGUAGGGGCAGAGGAGGAGGAUGACGGCGAAGCGAGCCGCUGUGGAGCCCUUGUGCGGCUCUCCGUGGCUCGUGGAUGGAAAGGGAGCGGCAGCAGCGCGCGCUCACCGCGGUUCCGCUCUCCCGCCGCAGGAGCCCCGCGGCGCGGCCGCCACGCAGCAGCAGCAGCAGCACAGCAGCGCGGGGUCCGGGGCCGCCGGAGGAUCAGCGCCUGCGGACGAGUCUUCGGACAGCGAGGGCGAGCAGGAAGGGCCGCAGAAGCUCAUCAGGAAAGUGUCUACGUCCGGCCAGAUCCGGAGCAAGACGAGUGUGAAGGAAGGCCUGCUCCUAAAACAGACCAGCUCUUUCCAGCGCUGGAAAAAAAGAUACUUCAAACUCCGUGGCCGGACGCUUUACUAUGCCAAGGAUGCCAAGACGGGUGGCGUGCUGGCCCGAUGGCAGUACCGGGUCUCACGUAGCCGCGUGUGUUGGAGGGUUCUGUCCGUCUGCUGGUCCGGCGCUCGCCGCCCGCCUCCCGCUCUGGGUGCCAGUGGAUCGGAGGAAGGUUUGGUGGCGAUUCGGUCCCUUAUCUUCGACGAGGUGGACCUCUCAGAUGCCAGUGUUGCAGAAUCAAGCACAAAGAAUGUCAACAACAGUUUCACGGUAAUUACUCCGUUUAGAAGGCUCAUCCUCUGUGCAGAGAACAGAAAAGAGAUGGAGGACUGGAUCAGCUCUUUGAAAUCGGUUCAGUCUAGAGAGCAUUACGAGACGGCACAGUUUAAUGUGGAACAUUUCUCAGGGAUGCACAACUGGUAUGCCUGCUCCCACGCUCGCCCCACCUUCUGCAACGUCUGCCGCGACAGCCUCUCAGGGGUCACUUCUCAUGGCCUCUCCUGUGAAGUGUGUAAAUUUAAAGCCCACAAAAGGUGCGCCGUCAGGGCAACUAACAACUGUAAAUGGACCACGCUGGCAUCUAUUGGGAGAGACAUAAUUGAGGACGAAGAUGGGAUUGCAAUGCCACAUCAGUGGCUAGAGGGCAACCUUCCAGUCAGUGCCAAAUGUGCUGUGUGUGACAAAACGUGUGGUAGCGUGCUGCGCUUGCAAGACUGGCGCUGUCUGUGGUGCAAAGCUAUGGUACACACAGCCUGCAUGGACAUCUAUCCCCGCAAGUGUCCUCUAGGCCAGUGCAAAGUGUCCAUCAUCCCCCCUACUGCCCUCAACAGUAUUGACUCGGAUGGCUUUUGGAAAGCCACCUGUCCCCCAUCGUGUGCCAGCCCACUUCUUGUCUUCGUUAAUUCCAAAAGCGGAGACAACCAAGGAGUGAAAUUUCUGCGUCGCUUUAAACAGCUACUCAACCCCGCUCAGGUCUUUGACCUAAUCAAUGGUGGACCUCAUUUAGGGCUGCGCUUAUUUCAGAAGUUUGAUAACUUCCGAAUCCUUGUGUGUGGCGGAGAUGGAAGUGUUGGCUGGGUCCUGUCUGAAAUUGAUAAACUUAGUCUUCACAAACAGUGUCAGUUGGGUGUGUUGCCUCUAGGCACGGGAAAUGACCUGGCGCGUGUGCUCGGUUGGGGGCCGUCGUGCGAUGAUGACACGCAGCUCCCUCAGAUACUGGAGAAACUGGAGAGGGCCAGCACCAAAAUGCUGGAUAGGUGGAGUAUAAUGACGUAUGAGAUUAAAAUACCUCCCAAACACAGCUGUCCUGCCACGCCUGAGGAGGCAGAAGACUGCCAGUUUCAGAUAUCAGAGUAUGAGGAUUCAGUUGCUGCUCAUCUCACAAAAAUCCUCAACUCAGAUCAGCAUUCUGUGGUCAUAUCCUCAGCAAAGAUCCUGUGUGAAACAGUGAAGGACUUUGUUGCCAAAGUUGGGAAGUCCUAUGAAAAGAGCGGUGAAAACACAGAGGAAGCUGAAAGCAUGGCUGUGAAAUGUGCAGUCCUGAAUGAGAAGUUGGAUUCACUCCUUCAGACCCUGAACACAGAGGCUCAGGCGAUGAGUCCUCCACCUCUCACCACUCCACCUAUAGUAGAAGAGGAGCUGGAGGAAGAGGAGUUGGAGGAGGAGGAUCUCAGCGAGGAGUCACUGACGGAGCUGAAGGAAAAAAUGGAGGAGAACGCAACGGAGAAGGACUCUCCACACAAGCUUUUCAGGCCACGUGAGCAGCUCAUGCUGCGUGCCAACAGCCUGAAGAAAGCUGUCAGGCAGAUCAUCGAGCAGGCUGAGAAAAUGGUGGAUGAACAGAAUGCUCAUACAGAUGAACAGGACCUGCAGUCUCCUACAGAUGUCAAAAAGGACAUGGAGGAGGAAAACAAGGAUAAUGAGAAGGAUGAGGACACUAAAGAACUGGAGAGUCUGCCCUCAGCGAAGUCACCCUGUUCCCCUACCGAGAGACGUGUGAGUCGCAGCACACAGUCCUGUGGCUCUUUCUCGAUUCCUCCCUUCACCACAAGUAAAGAAAACCUUCCUGUCCUCAACACUCGCAUCAUCUGUCCAGGCCUGCGUGCUGGCCUUGCUGCCUCUAUAGCUGGAAGCUCAAUCAUCAGCAAGAUGUUACUUGCCAACAUUGACCCAUUUGGAGCCACACCUUUCAUUGACCCUGACCCAGAUUCAUUAGAGGGCUAUAUGGAGAAGUGUGUCAUGAACAAUUACUUUGGGAUCGGUUUGGAUGCCAAGAUCUCGCUGGAGUUUAACAACAAGCGAGAGGAACAUCCGGAGAAAUGCAGGAGUCGCACCAAAAAUAUGAUGUGGUACGGAGUCUUAGGCACUAAGGAGCUACUGCAGAGAACUUACAAGAACCUGGAGCAAAAAGUUCAGUUAGAGUGUGAUGGACAGUACAUCCCGCUUCCCAGUCUCCAAGGAAUUGCUGUGCUGAACAUCCCAAGUUAUGCAGGAGGAACCAACUUCUGGGGUGGGACCAAAGAGGAUGAUAUAUUCUGUGCUCCAUCCUUUGAUGACAAAAUCUUGGAAGUAGUAGCUGUGUUUGGGAGUAUGCAAAUGGCUGUAUCCAGAGUGAUCAAGCUCCAGCAUCACCGUAUUGCACAGUGCCGAACAGUGAAGAUUACCAUCCUAGGAGAUGAAGGGGUGCCUAUUCAAGUGGAUGGAGAAGCCUGGAUCCAGCCUCCUGGAGUAAUUAAGAUCCAGCACAAGAAUAGAGCCCAGAUGCUGACCAGAGAUAGAGCAUUUGAGAACACUCUAAAGUCCUGGGAGGACAAGUUGAAGUAUGACAAGCCUCCACUGAGGCCACACCUGUACUCGCAGCACUCUGUAGACUUAGCCACUGAGGAGGAAGCUUCACUUGUGCAGAUGUGUGCGCGUGCAGCAGAGGAGCUCAUCACCAGGAUCUGUGAGGCCGCCAAGACGAACGGACUUUUAGAACAAGAGCUUGCUCAUGCUGUCAAUGCUGCAUCUCACGCCAUCAACAAAACUCAUCCGAAGUUCCCUGAGAGUCUGACAAGGAACACAGCCAUUGAGGUGACCAGCACCGUGAAGGCUCUGCACAACGAGACUGAAUCGCUUCUAGUGGGACGAGUGUCAUUGCAACUUGACCCUCCUGAUGAGGAGUUAUUGUCCAGUGCUUUGCAGUGUGUUGAGGUGGAGUUGGGCAAGCUGGCUGAGAUCCCAUGGCUUUACUAUAUUCUCCAGCCCAAUGAUGAGGAGGACCACUCUCUGGAGUAUGGCAAGAGAAACAGCCGAAGUGGCAUGUUCCGUAUUGUGCCAAAGUUCAAGAAAGAGAAAGCACUAAAGAAGUCCAGCCCACAGUCAGUUCAGAGGUGGGGCACUGAGGAAGUGGGCGCCUGGCUGGAGCAGCUCAGCUUGGGGGAAUACAAAGACACCUUCAUCCGCCACGACAUCCGCGGCUCCGAGCUCCUUCACCUGGAGAGGAGGGACCUGAAGGAUCUGGGGAUCUCGAAGGUGGGUCAUAUGAAGAGAAUUCUCCAGGGAACUAAAGAGCUGGCCAAGAGUGCCAUGGUGGACCUGUGAGGCUCAAGGAGUCCUUUCCUUCAGGAGAAGUGAACAUUUUACACAGCUGCAUUGUCUGGAUGAGCUCGGUAACGAGGGGG